AUGGGUUUCAUGGAGGAUCCAAAGGAGGCUCAGAACACUCCUGAUUACUGCAUAUCAGAGGAAGAAAAUGCAGUACUCAGGCAGAAGGUAAAGAUGCCACGCCGUAUUGUUCACCGCAGCUCAAUGAAGCCGUACGAGCCAAACAUCCCCGAACCAACCACCAGGGCAGACCUCAUGAAAUACUGGUUCCCCACCUCUUUUGAUGAUAAAACUGCACAGAAGCUUUUGUGGAUUUCAGAGCAGGGGUCAAAGGUUGCCCGUACAACAGAGGCGGUCUGCCCAUAUCCCAGCAGGCCUGAGAGAUACGAACACUCGCCACAGGUCCUCUGUAAGGACGGCCUGUUGGGUAAUCGAGGGUAUUGGGAAGUGGACUACAGUGGAUGGGUUGUGAUUGGCGCCGUCUUUGAGACCGCACCAAGAAAGGAGCAAGACGGGUCUUGUGGUAUCGGGGAGAAUGAAUCCUCCUGGGGUGCUGGAUGGUCUGGAUCCUGCUACCAAGUCUGGCACAACGGGGAGAAUGUGGACAUCGAGCUCCCCAUGACACCAACAAUGGGAAUCUACAUCGACCAGCCAGCUGGCAUCAUCAAGUUUCUUCUGGUGGAAGGAGAGGAUGAAAAGGAAGUGCGGCUGAUUCAGAAGAUCAAUACCAACAUAAAGGAGAAGAUAUUCCCUGCAUUCUGGGUUGGCACAAAUUCAUUCUGCAUUCUUCGGAAAAAGGAUCAGUGACAUGGUAGAGGAUGGAGAAUGCAGGAGGAAAUGGAGAUACAAUCAUUUAAAC